AGAAGCCCCGCGUGUGAGAGAGGCAGAGAUUCGGGGCGCGCGGGGCGCCACCGGGGCGCAGGCCGUUCGGCCGUUCCUACUGCGGGCCUGGUCUGAGGUUUCUUCCCGCAGCUCUCGAGGUGGCGAUGGGCUCACUAAGCCGGCAGGUAGGCAGUGCCGUGGCGGCGGCGGCGGCAGGCGGUCCUGGAAUGUGCGAGGGGCGUGAUGACAGCGACUGCCGCCGGCCUCUUUGCGCAACACCUUCGCUGUAUAUAUACCGGGCGCUCAGCCGCGCUCCACCUGGGUGCCUCCUGCUGUCCCUUACCUGCGAAGGGAGCGCUGACCAUGGCUCCUUGGCCCGAGUUGGAAAAUGCCCACCCCAACCCCAAUAAAUUCAUUGAAGGGGCCUCAGGUCCACAGUCUAGUGCACCUGCCAAAGACAAGGAGGCCAGCAAAACCAAUGACAGCGGGACUCCUGUAGCCAAGAUUGAACUUCUACCCUCCUAUUCCGCCCUGGUUCUCAUAGAGGAGCACCCUGAGGGGACUGACCCCUGGGACCUGCCUGAACUCCAGGACACUGGGAUCAAAUGGUCAGAGAGAGACACCAAAGGGAAGAUUCUCUGCAUUUUCCAGGGGAUUGGGAAAUUCAUUCUUCUCCUGGGGUUUCUAUACUUGUUCGUGUGUUCCCUGGAUGUACUCAGCAGCGCCUUCCAGCUUGUUGGAGGAAAAAUGGCCGGCCAGUUCUUCAGCAACAACUCCAUCAUGUCUAAUCCUGUGGCUGGACUGGUGAUAGGCGUGCUGGUGACAGUCAUGGUUCAAAGCUCCAGCACGUCUUCCUCAAUCAUCGUCAGCAUGGUUGCUUCCUCACUGCUGACCGUGAGGACUGCCAUUCCCAUCAUUAUGGGUGCUAACAUCGGAACCUCCAUCACCAAUACGAUUGUGGCGCUUAUGCAGGCAGGAGACAGAAAUGAGUUCAGAAGGGCAUUUGCAGGGGCCACUGUCCAUGACUUCUUCAACUGGCUCUCUGUGUUGGUGCUCUUGCCUCUGGAGGCUGCCACCCAUUACCUGGAGAUCCUGACCAACCUUGUGUUGAAAACCUUCAAGUUCCAGAAUGGAGAAGAUGCCCCAGACAUUCUGAAAGUCAUCACAGACCCCUUUACCAAGCUCAUCAUCCAGCUGGAUAAAAAGGUCAUCCAACAAAUCGCGAUGGGUGACUCAGCAGCGCAGAACAAGAGCCUGAUCAAGAUCUGGUGUAAAAGUAUAAGCAACGUGACUGAGAUGAAUGUCACCGUCCCCUCACCUGAUAAUUGCACCUCUCCUUCCUCUUGCUGGACUGAUGGCAUACAUACCUGGACCAUCCAGAAUGUGACCCAGAAGGAGAAUAUCGCUAAAUGUCAGCACAUCUUUGUGAAUCUGAACCUCCCAGAUCUUGCUGUGGGCAUCAUCCUGCUUAUCAUUUCCCUGCUGGUCCUCUGUGGCUGUCUGAUCAUGAUAGUCAAGCUGUUGGGUUCUGUGCUCAGGGGACAGGUUGCCACUGUUAUCAAGAAGACACUUAACACUGAUUUCCCCUUUCCCUUUGCCUGGAUGACUGGUUACCUGGCCAUCCUUGUGGGGGCAGGCAUGACCUUCAUCGUGCAAAGCAGUUCUGUGUUCACUUCUGCCAUGACGCCACUUAUUGGUAUUGGGGUGAUCAGCAUUGAGAGGGCAUAUCCACUCACUCUGGGCUCCAACAUUGGCACCACCACCACUGCCAUUCUGGCUGCCUUAGCCAGCCCAGGCAGUACCUUGAGGAGUUCCCUCCAGAUUGCCCUGUGCCAUUUCUUCUUCAACAUCUCUGGAAUAUUGCUGUGGUACCCAAUCCCAUUCACCCGUCUGCCCAUCCGUCUGGCUAAAGGCCUGGGCAACAUCUCCGCCAAGUAUCGCUGGUUCGCAGUCUUCUAUCUCAUCUUCUUCUUUUUCCUGACCCCGCUGACAGUGUUCGGCCUGUCUCUGGCAGGCUGGCCAGUGCUGGUGGGUGUGGGCGUACCCAUCAUUCUGCUGGUGCUCCUGGUCCUGUGCCUCCGGAUGCUGCAGUCCCGCUGCCCUCGCAUCCUGCCCCUGAAGCUCCGAGACUGGAAUUUCCUACCCACGUGGAUGCACUCUCUGAAACCCUGGGACAAUGUCAUCUCGCUGGCUACCACCUGCUUCCAGAGGCGUUGUUGCUGCUGUUGCCGCGUGUGCUGCCGUGUCUGCUGCAUGGUGUGUGGCUGCAAGUGCUGUCGCUGCAGCAAGUGCUGUAGGGACCUGGAGGAGGAAGAGGAUGGAAAGGAGCAAGAUAUUCCAGUCAAGGCUUCUGGGGCCUUUGACAAUGCAGCUAUGAACAAAGAAUGCCAAGAUGAGGACAAGGGCCAAGUAGAAGUUCUGAGCAUGAAAGCCCUGUCCAACACUACAGUGUUCUAGGGGCACCUAGGAGUCAGGGGUGAGGAGGACCUAAGUCCCAUGGGAUCCACCCCUCCCAUGGGUGUCUCCUGCCACCUCAUUAGGAUUCCUGAUGAACAGUUAGAGUGUCAGUCUAUAGGUGAAUUGGACUUAUCUUGUCCCCUACUUCUCAAGUGCCUCCCUCUCAGAUAAUAGAGAGAUUUAGACUGUGAAUGUGACCCCACAGAUGACCACAUCCUCCUCUGGCCUAUGAUGCUUUCAAAGUCCAUCCUCACCCAAAGGCCAAGUGUUAAGGGAGGCAUUAGGGAAGGUUCUGGAAAGAUCCAAUGUAAAGAGUAUUUGUAAAUUAUAUGUAUAAAGCAGUCAUUUCUUGGUAUAAAACCUCAGUCACAUCUUUUUCUUUCUUUUUUUUUUUUUUAAAAUCAAAGCCCACUUCCCCUACCCCAUAGCUCCUCCUACUCCUCCCUGCUCCAGAGCAGCCAAGUUCAGACCCUUAAGUAAUGGUUUGGAGCCUAUAGUUGUGAGCCUUUCUGGCUUAUAUUGCAGAACAUGUUCUCUAUCAAGACUUUCUAUGGUGUGGUCAGGCCAAGCAGUUGACCACAGUGUCCUCAUCUUCAGCUUCCUAGGAUGUAGUGACAUAGGGUUGGGGUUCAUAACAUGUUUGGCUCAUAUUUGGUUUCUAUGCCUAGGUUUCUAGACUAAUCUAGAACAGAAGGCAUUGUGGCUACAGAUUAAUGGUGUUCUUAGAGUGAUAUUCCUGAUGGAAUCUGUAAGACCCUGUCCCAAGCCCUCUCCACUACCACCUGGGAGUAUCUGCUUAUGAAGGGUCUGUUUAUCUUGUUUUGUACAAGGAGACUUUCUGGGCCAGCUUUUAGUGGUCUGUUUCAUCCAUCCACUCACCCUCUUGCUCAUGCAUUCACCGAUCCUUCCAAACAUGUUCUUCCAGAGAUGAGCUUUGCCCCGCCCCCUUCCAUGCCUACAAGGCUCCAAGGGAAUUAGGGAGGAGAUGGAUGGGAAAUGGAUAAAUGUCCUUAGAAUCAAGAUGAAGCCAGUAGGGUUUGGAGUGACUGCAGGGUGGGAUCCUAUCCAUACAGGGAUACCUUUGAUGUGUCUUAGAGCUCACAUGUAAUACUCAUGACAGCUCUGCAACCAUCCCCACCCCCCCUGUAAGAACAAGCCUCAGCUUGACUUAGGGCAGGCUGUGUGUCUCCACAAGACCAUGUCCUCCCCAACCCCUCCCCCCCAUCAUACUCCAUAUGAAGAGGCUGAGAGAUGCCAAACUGAGCCCCUCUGUAGAUAAAAGUUCCCAAAGAGUCAUUUAUGUGGCAUAUAUUUGUAGCAUCUGUACAGAAUUCUUCAUAACUUAUAUAGUAAAUAGUGAUGUGUUUUAUAGUGUCUCAUUUGGAAACGAGGCAGGGUUCUUUUAUGUACUGUGAACAGAAAGAGCACCUUUGUAUAUUUUGUAAUACUGCCUUUAAUACGACUCUUGAGGCCAUGCCACACCUCCCUGUAAAUACGUAAAUUACACCCCAGGAGGUGGCUUUGCCCUCUGUUGAUUUGUUUUUUUUUGUUUUUUUGUUUUUGUUUUUUUUUUUUAAAGAUGGAAUCCUUGUUCCUGUGUUAAUUGUAUAUUAAACUGGUUGAGGGAAGGGAGAAAUAAAAAAAUCACACCCCCACAAGAAGUGUGCUGCCUCCAAUUGCAGGGUACUGCAAGCAUGAGGCAUUCUUCCUUACUCAAACCUCACCAUGCACCACCAGGACAAGCUAUGUAGCUUGUGGGGUCCCUGGUGACACUUUUAGACACAGGAUUUAGUCCCACCUUCAGUUUUCUCUUUUCCAGGUCAUGGGGAUCAGCUACUGAGAGCUAUGCUAAGUAAAGCAUAGCCUUUUGUGGGUUAUUGAAUGUUACCAGGUUUGGAAGCAAAAGGUUUGUGUGGAAAUUUUGAAAUCACAUAGCUGAUGUUUUGAAGCUAUGUGCAGGCUAUCUUCAGUCUUGUUUUAGAAAUUUUAAAAAUUUUAUUUAAAAAUAGAAGAGAAGGGAGUGGGACAGUGAUUGGAUGUAAAUUGAAUAAGU